CAGUACUACGGCAUCGCAGGUGACGUACUUAGAGCAAGCAGGCCGUCUGCCGGUUGUGGAACUCUGGCGGUGCUGGAACAAAAUGAAACCGGGAUUGUCCUGCUCAGGAGCUUUGACUGGAAUGAUGGCCUGUUUGAUGUGACGUGGAGUGAGAAUAAUGAGCACGUAUUGAUCACUUCUAGCGGGGAUGGAUCUCUGCAAAUCUGGGAUAUAGCUAAACCCAAAGGUCCACUGCAAGUCUAUAAGGAACACAUUCAGGAGGCAUACAGUGUUGACUGGAGCCAAACUAGAGGGGAGCAGCUAGUGGUAUCUGGUUCAUGGGAUCAAACAGCCAAGCUGUGGGAUCCAGCAGUGGGAAAGUCUUUACGCACCUUUAAAGGCCAUGAAGGGGUCAUUUACAGCACUAUAUGGUCUCCGCACAUCCCUGGUUGUUUUGCAUCUGCUUCAGGUGACCAGACUUUAAGAAUUUGGGAUGUGAAAGCCCCAGGAGUCAGACUCGUGAUACCAGCCCACCAGGCUGAGAUCUUGAGCUGUGACUGGUGCAAGUAUGAUGAGAACUUGCUGGUAACUGGUGCAGUUGACUGCAGUUUGAAAGGCUGGGAUUUGCGAAAUGUCCGGCAGCCAGUGUUCAUCCUCCUUGGUCAUACCUAUGCUGUCAGAAGAGUGAAAUUUUCACCAUUCCAUGCAACUUUAUUGGCCUCUUGCUCCUAUGAUUUUACUGUGAGAUUCUGGGACUUUUCCAAGCCUAACCCUUUGCUGGAAACGGUCGAGCAUCAUACUGAGUUUACAUGUGGACUAGAUUUAAGCCUUCACAAAUGUGGCCAGGUAAGAGAUGUGACAAAUUUACCUUUUGCUUGCCUAUUAUAGCCAGUUCUUUCAAGG